UAUAGAUUCUUGCCGCCACCGGGCGGAUUCAAUUUAGCAUUGCAGCUACAUACAUUCAACAUGUAUGGACCUUUCCUUAUUUCAUCUCUUUAAUUUCUCACUUGACUUCGAAGCUCCAUCAGCUCCUAGGGUUUGCGUUACAGUUGAUGCAAUUUGGUGGACGCCUAAACGGAAAUGAAAACCACGUGGAAAUAUGUUGUGACCUGCUGCACCGGUGUAGAUGGAAGGGGGAUAGAAAGUUCCUAGAUGUGUGCACGAUCUCGCACUCCACUGGCUCCUUGACACGCGACAUUCGGACGUUUCCUUUCAAAAAAAAUCCGAAGGUCCAAACGGACCUUUUCUAGUCAUUUGCUUCCCAGCUAACGGCAUUAUUAACGUUUCACCUGGAGCCUGUCUAUCAAAUGAGGUGCAAACUACCCACGGUAACAUAGUGUGUAAGAUGGGGAUGUCGUUGUCAUAUCCACUGGUGAAAGAGCCAGAAAGUUAUGUGGAUCCUGAUCUAAACGAAGACUCCGACGAGAUGAAUUUUGCUAUGGAAAUGCAUGAGAUUAACCUGAGCUACACAUACGACAUGAUCCAACAGAGGAUCCGCUCUAUCAAGGAGUCCGCCAAAUUUGACAAGUACAGCUACGACUGGAACACCAGUGUGUUGGAUCUGAAGGACAAGUUCCCCCACUGGACAGCUGAUGACCUGCUCAACCUGAGACGGCAGUUUGAGGUUUUUGACACCAACAAAGACCGUCUGCUGGACUUCAGCGAGUUUUGCGCUUCUCUGAACAUGGUCAACGAUGCAUCAACUAUGGAGGCCAGGAAAGAAAUGUUUAGUAGAGCGGACAGGGACAACUACAAGUCCAUCAACUUCGAGGAGUACCUCCAGCUGAUGUAUGACCUCAAGCAGGGCACGCCGGUCCCCAAGCCCCUCGAGAGCGCGGACGACAAGGACACGGCCACCGGUGACAUCAUCUGUGAAGUGGCCCGCAUGGACACCUUCCAGCAGAUGUGCUACGGGGUCUUCUAAACACAAAUACACACUCCUGAUGACAUGAUGGAUUUGUUGUGCCUUAACUGAGAUUGAGGAAAUGACGUUGUAUAAAUUGGCUUUAUAUAAUUCAAAAUGAUUAAAUAUACAGUUAUUUUCCCCAA